GAGAGAGAGAGAGGGAGUGAGAGAGUGAGCAGGACCUGGGAGAAGAAGAGCAACGAAAGAAAAAGAGGAGAGAGAAAAACGGAACAACAACGACACAAAUGGCACUCAUGGCAGGGAUUUUGUUCACCGCCACCUUUCUUGUUUUUGGGAUUUCUACAUUUGUUUCGCCAGCACGGAUAUACCCCCCGAAUGAAGUCACGUUAUUGGACUCCAGAUCCGUACAGGGGGAGCUGGGAUGGGUCGCCAAUCCGACAGAAGGAGGGUGGGAGGAAGUGAGUAUUAUGGAUGAAAAGAACAUUCCCAUCCGGACGUACCAGGUGUGUAACGUCAUGGAGCCAAACCAGAACAACUGGCUCCGCACAGACUGGAUCCCUCGAGGCGGAGCCCAGCGAGUCUACAUCGAGAUCAAGUUCACCCUGAGGGACUGCAACAGCCUCCCGGGGGUCAUGGGAACCUGCAAGGAAACCUUCAAUCUCUACUACUACGAGUCCAACAACGACAAGGAGCGCUACAUCCGCGAGAACCAGUUUGACAAAAUCGACACCAUCGCCGCGGACGAAAGCUUCACUCAGGUGGACAUCGGCGAUCGAAUCAUGAAGCUGAACACGGAGGUCCGAGACGUGGGCGCUUUGAGCCGGAAAGGCUUUUAUUUGGCCUUCCAGGAUGUGGGAGCGUGCAUUGCUUUGGUGUCCGUCAGGGUCUUCUACAAGAAGUGUCCCCUGGCGGUGCGCAACUUGGCCCAGUUUCCCGACACCAUCACUGGAGCCGAUACCUCGUCGCUUGUGGAAAUUCGUGGAUCGUGCGUGGAUAAUUCGGAGGAAAAGGAGGUUCCUAAGAUGUACUGUGGGGCCGACGGAGAGUGGCUGGUGCCCAUUGGGAAUUGCCUGUGUAACCCUGGAUACGAGGAGCGCAACGCAGAAUGCCAAGCCUGCAAGAUCGGUUACUACCGCGCCUUGGCCACCGACGGCUCCUGUUCCAAGUGUCCGCUCAACAGCUACUCCACCAGAGAGGCAUCCACCUCCUGCGUCUGCGACAAGGGAUACUUCCGCUCUGAAACAGACCCGGCGUCCAUGCCCUGCACCCGCCCUCCGUCGGCGCCCGCCCACCUCAUCUCCAAUGUGAACGAGACCUCAGUGAACCUGGAGUGGAGCCCCCCCCGCACCACAGGGGGCCGCCAGGACUUGACGUACAACGUGGUGUGUAAGCGCUGCGGACCCGAUGGCCGCCGCUGUCAGGCGUGCGGGAACGGCAUCCACUUCAGUCCCCAGCAGCUGAGCCUGAAGGGCAACAAGGUGUCCAUCAACGAGCUGCAGGCCCACACCAACUACACCUUCGAGGUGUGGGCCGUCAACGGGGUCUCGCCUCAGAGUCCGGGCCCCGAGCAGGCCGUGUCCGUCACCGUCACCACCAACCAGGCCGCUCCUUCUCCGGUGACUUCCAUCCAGGCGAAGGAUAUCACAAGACACACCAUCUCCCUGGCCUGGCAGCCGCCGGAUCGAGCCAACGGGGUCAUCCUGGAGUAUGAGGUCAAAUACUACGAGAAGGACCAAAACGAGAGAAGCUACAGAAUCAUAAAAACAUCGUCCAGAAACACCGACAUCAAGGGUCUCACCCCCCUCAACUCCUACGUGUUUCACGUCCGCGCUCGCACGGCGGCGGGUUACGGGGAAUUCAGCGGACCCUUCGAGUUCAUGACCAACUCCGUUCCAGCUCCCAUUAUCGGGGACGGGACCAACUCCACGGUGUUACUGGUGUCGGUGGUGGGCAGCGUGGUUCUCCUCCUCAUCCUCAUCAGUGCCUUCGUCAUCAGCCGAAGAAGGAAUAAAUACAGCAAGGCCAAGCAGGACUCUGACGAAGAGAAGCACUUACAUCAAGGAGUGAGGAUAUACGUUGACCCCUUCACCUACGAGGACCCCAACCAAGCCGUCCGAGAGUUCGCCAAGGAGAUUGACGCCUCCUGUAUCAAGAUCGAAAAAGUUAUUGGCAUCGGGGAGUUUGGAGAGGUGUGCAGCGGCCGCCUGAAGAUGCCGGGCAAGAGAGAAAUCUGCGUGGCCAUCAAGACGUUGAAGGCCGGAUACACAGACAAGCAGAGGCGGGACUUCCUGUCCGAGGCCAGCAUCAUGGGCCAGUUCGACCACCCCAACAUCAUCCACCUGGAGGGCGUGGUCACCAAAUGUAAGCCCGUGAUGAUUAUCACAGAGUACAUGGAGAACGGAUCGCUGGACGCAUUCCUGAGGAAGAACGACGGGCGCUUCACGGUGAUCCAGCUGGUGGGCAUCCUGCGUGGCAUCGCGUCGGGCAUGAAGUACCUGUCGGACAUGAGCUACGUUCACAGAGACCUGGCGGCUCGAAACAUCCUGGUGAACAGCAACCUGGUGUGCAAGGUGUCCGACUUCGGCAUGUCCCGAGUGCUGGAGGACGACCCGGAGGCUGCGUACACCACCAGGGGAGGGAAGAUCCCCAUCCGCUGGACGGCCCCCGAGGCCAUCGCUUACAGGAAGUUCACCUCGGCCAGCGACGUGUGGAGCUACGGCGUCGUCAUGUGGGAGGUGAUGUCAUACGGCGAGCGACCAUACUGGGACAUGAGCAACCAAGACGUAAUCAAGGCGAUCGAUGAGGGCUACCGGCUGCCCCCCCCCAUGGACUGCCCCGUGGCCCUGCACCAACUCAUGCUGGACUGCUGGCAGCGAGAGAGGGCCGACCGGCCGAAGUUCGGACAGAUCGUCAACAUGCUGGACAAACUGAUCCGAAACCCCAACACUCUGAAGAGGACCGGAGGGGAGACGGCUGUCAGGCCGAGCACCACCCUGUUGGAGCCGGGGAGCCCCGAGGCGGCGUCCUCGUCCGUGGGCACGGUGGAGGACUGGCUGCAGGCCAUCGGCAUGGAGAAAUACCGGGACAACUUCACCGCUGCCGGAUACACCUCUCCAGAGGCCGUGGUGCACAUGACACAAGAGGACAUGGGGCGCAUCGGCAUCUCCUCAUCUGCACACCAGAACAAAAUCCUGACCAGCGUGCAGGGAAUGCUGUCCCAAAUGCAACAGAUGCAAGGCAGAAUGGUUCCCGUCUGAGCGAUUUUUCAACAAGAAAUAGAGAAGGAAAAGGAAGCGUUAAAUAAAAUAAAUAACAUAAAAAGUAAAUAAAUAUAAAAAAGAGACAAAUAAACUAUGGAGAAAAAUAGUUUACCUCAUCCAUGCACUUUAAAUUGGAUCUAAAAGAAAAGAAGAUGUUGAAGAAAAAAAGAAAAAAGUGGCAAAAAUGGCACUUUUUUUUUUUAAAGAAUCAGACCUUGCCCUUUUUUGUUGUUUUUGGAGAAUGGGACGCUUCUUGCAUUUUAUGGAUAGACGGCUGGAAAAGUGCUUCCGAGAGGCCAAUCUGGAGUGCCUUUAAUGGUCUGGAAGGAAAAGCGAGGGAGGGGGGGGGAGAUCUUACCUUUUCUUCCUCCUUCUCUCGGGCAGUUUCUGGAACUUUCUUUCUGGAAUAAUCUGCGGAGCAGAUUUCUUUGAUUUCCUGUGACUUUGUUUAUUGUACAUGAAGUGUUUGUGUGGGACUCGCAGGCUAAACCCCGGCCACCAUUGUUCUCUCUCAGCUGGAUAUCUUCUCAGACAAAAUGGAGGAUCCUGACCGUCGUGUAUAAACAGUGAAUCUCUGAGAGGUUGAGGGUUGGAUUCAGUGGGGGGCUUUAUUUUUCCAAGGACCUUUUUGUUUUAUGGCCUUGUUCUUCUCCCAGAACGCUGUAUUUCGUUGCCCUCAGGACGUUUCUGAGAAUGUCUAUGAUCUUCCAGAGGAGCCUUCCCACUCCCCUGUCUUCCCCAAAAUAAUGCCCUCCCACACCUCAGAUAAACACACAAUUUGGAUUCUUCCUCCACUCAUCUCCCAUCUGAAACAAAUCCCAAACACCCCCCCUCCGGCUUCUGAAGGACCCACCGACUCUUCCUCAACACUUUAGAUGGACAGCUGGCUUUUUCUAAAUUGGACGCGUGAAUGAAGGAAUGUAUUGACGGGAUUUAUUGGGACAAAAGGACGCAACAUGGAUGCAGAAUGAAUCAUCAGCAUAGCCAAGAAGAUAAACAGAGGAUUACUCAAUCUGUCAUCAAGCUGCUGCCGUCCAUCACAGAAAGGAUCCUGGUCUUCCUCCUCCACCGCCUCCCUUUUCUCCUCCUCCAUGGAGACGACAAAUCCGUCCUGGACUUCCACCGUCACAACAAAAGCUAGCCGAAACGCGCUUUUGGCCAUCCAGCAAUGACCUGGAACAACUAUGAAUGAUUUAAAACAGCUUAAAAAAAAAAAUAAGACAAUAAGAAGAAUGUAAUAUAAUCAAGAAGCCCUGCUCCAGCGGAUAUUGUACUUUUAUUUUGAAAGUUUCAUUUUUAUUUUGUUUGCAUGUAAAGUAACAAACGUUUGAUUUGAGCGUGCGAAUGUGAUUGGUUGUGCGCAUGUGUGUGUGUAGGAGUGUGUGUAGGAGUGUGUGUGUGUGUAUGAGUGACAACAUAUUUGAAGUACUAUCAGUAAUUGUGUCUGUUUUCAUGCCACUGUGGAGGAAGAGAAGAGAACAGACGUAUUGUUUUUGACAUUUUUAUCGCUUUUGUGUCGUCUAAAAAGCGAUGUAAGGUGUGUUGCUACCCCUCGUGGAAACUCUACUCAGCAGCUGCAGUUGUUUAACAGCUUUCUGGAAUGCAACCCAUUCUGGUUUUGGGGGGGUAACAAAUGGACACACGGAGAUACAGACUAAAAUCUUCAUGUGCGUAGAAACACACACGGACGAGAGUUUGGGCUCUCCGAGCUCGUGACAAGUCAAGGAGAAAAUGUCAGGAUGGAAGCAGUUCAACGUACACAACAAAGGAUCAAAGAAGGGUGAUGAAGAAGGGAAACUUGGGUAUUUUUAUUUUUCCAGAGCACAUCAUACAGCUACAGGUUUACCCAAUGGACUAUAUGCUUUUUGUUGAUUGAUCUCUAUACUUUUGCGAAUGUUUCUGAACUAGUAAAUGACGCUUCAUAUAACACAACAACACCUCCGUCCUUAAUACAGCUCUACUGCUCGGUCCUUUUGUUGGCACUGCGAUGUUCUUUUGGGUUUUACCUAUCGAAAAGGACCUGUUUUGGAAAUAUGCAAGACGUGUUGGGAAGGAGAAGGAAACCAGAAUGUACUGUAAAAUACUUUUUUCCUUUACUUAAAUGUUGGACGAUUUCAAAAAAAUAAUAAGAAAAAAAAUAACGAAACUCAAGAGUUAAUGUUUGUAAUUGUAUGCCUUCCGAUGCCAUAUGAUCUAGCCCUGGAGAUCUAACACCCUCUCAAUCUCUUUUUUUGUACUUUCUUUUUCAACAUGAUCAUGUUUCUUUUGGCCUUGUUUGUUUUAUUUUUGUCAAGGAGCUCUAGGUACAUGUAACUUAUGUCAUUUAUUUAUGUCCUUUUAUAUCUAGUUUGUAAAAUAAUAGCCUAAAGUGAAGAAAAUAAAAGGGGUGCCAAAGUGCAUUCUUAAUAAAGUAGAAACCAUA